AUGUUACUCAUACGCAAUGUACACUUAACGAAUGGCGUGACUGGGCAACAAUUGAAGGGCAGCCAAGCGGAUCCGUGCAAGGUGAAAGGACGUGUGGCUGGCGAUGAAGUCUAUUGCGACCGUUAUUGGGAGUGUGUUAGCAGUCAGCCAGAGCUUUACGAUUGCCCCAAUGGACUGGUCUUCGCCGGGAAGCAUCGUGGCGUUACGGAAGGCUGUGAUUAUCCGUGGCGCGCCAACUAUUGCGAGGGCAAGCAAUUAGCGAAUGUUCCCAUAUCGACAGAACAUUGCGACUGGCUGUAUGGCAUCUUUGGUCAUGAGACAUCGUGCACACGCUACUGGACUUGCUGGAAUGGCACCGCUACAGAGCAGCUUUGCAUCGGCGGUCUAUUGUACAAUGAGAAUGCCCACAGCUGCGAUUGGCCGGAAAAUGUGGACGGUUGUCAGAAGCAUCCUCUCUGUAAUGAGGAUGCCAACGGUAACGUCCCACUGGGUAAAUCUUGCAACCGUUAUUGGCAAUGUCAGGGUGGCUAUCCACGCUUACAACGCUGUCCCGCCAUGUUGGUAUUCGAUCGUCAUUCGUUGCGUUGCGUCGUCCCUCCAACGGAGGAGUGUGAUAUACCCACAACGCCAGCGCCACUAGAUGGAGAAGGAGAGAAUAAUAAUGUUGGCGGCGGUCAGCUGUCCAAGGACGAACAAGAACGGAAGUUCGUGCUCGGUGCCCGGUGGCGAAAAGCUGUGAAGAAGCAUGUACCAGUACCAAGGCCUGAUGAAUACAUGCCUGAAGAUUUGUAUCUCUGUCCAAUCUAUAAGUGGGUAUAUCCCGCCAUUUGCGCCAAUUAUCGAGUACUAGGUCUAAUCGACUUGUCCUUGAAAGACUGA